GCGCUGGUAUCAAGAACCUUAAUGCGCACGCUUGCAGUGGCCUCGACCUUCAGGUCGCUGAUAAUGAUGCUUUCACGAGAGACCGUGGUGCCUAAUUCUACCCUCGCAGGUCAAAGCCUCCGAGUUGAUGCUGGAAUCCGGUCUGAAUCUCUCAGCGAGCACGACCUGCCCUGCCCAGCCCUGCCCUGCCGGGCUCGGUGAUGGAAACUGAUGAUCCUGAGGGUGAAGAGUGAAUAUUCAACGAAGAGCUCUAUCUCCUCACCACUGGCUUUUGUGAAAGGGAGCGACUAACUUUCAUCUCUCAGUGGACUUCAAGUGUCGAGUAUGCCAAGCUUCGAGCGAGUCAUGUGAUCGGUGGAGAUCCUAAUCGGAAACCAGCCUUUACCGAGCUCCAUAUCCAAAUUGGUGGUGGCUCAUUAAAGAUUAGAUAAUGUCGGGUGUACAUUGGAAAAGACAGAGCGAAAAGCUGUUUGGUUCCAAGGUUGUACAGAGUCAAGAUCUGCUGAUUCCUCCUUUACAUCUAGAAGGGCAUCUACGAAUUUCACAAUACGAACAGUCCAAUGGCGAGAAGCAUGCAGUGAUAACGUGCCAGCAGACUUGUUGCGUGGCUGUCCAGGCCAAUCAUUCGUCCUGCCUAGGUUUCCAAGACUCACGCUUUUUGGUUGAUUCACAAACAUCUGAAGCUCUAGAGCGAGAGAGCGUUGUCACAUCAUGUCGACAUGGCUCCCAUGUCGAGCAGACGCAACCAUAUGCAGUGCACCCUUUAGUACCCCAUUAAAUGUCAAAAGGCUAUGAAGGCUAGGUCCAUCGAUUUCCUUCACCUAAAAGAGCCCCCGAAGGUUUCGAGGCGGCCUCAAAAUCAUCCAUCCAUCCAUUAUCAAGUGGUAAACACCUUAUCCUAGUGAACAUUCAGUCCUAUAUCAAGCUUCGUGGAACCAUCCAGCAAUUCCUAACUUGUGGACGAACUCACCCUCACCAACCUUUCCUUCCACAUGAGGUCUUCGAGCUUCGGAGUGCUCCACGAAACGACGAAAAAUGCCUAUGAAACUGGGAAGAACAUUACAGAUGGUACAACAUUCGAUGUUUCACGAAGAAGGAUCCAACAACUAAAAUUCUGGACCCAACGAUGGCAUACAUACACCGGUUGGGAUUUCUAAGAAAGACUUCGCUACCACAUGAAGUCGAAGCCUGCUAGAAGCAACUAAUGCAGGUCAGAAGAAAAAAGUCAAGAAGAACGGCGUCGAAGUCAUGAGCAUCUAUCCAUAAUUAAGUCCGAUGGUCCAAAUUUACAAAGCGUUUGCUUCCAAAAAUAAACCUAAUCCUAGUUAUGAGCAAGAGCUUCCUCAACCUAACCAUUCGUUUACCACCUACUUUCGUCACCCUUAACUUCUAGAGGGAAGGUGUCAAACGUUGACCCAGAUUCUAACAUAAGAAAGUGAUGCUAUGCGGAUGAAGCCUUCGUCGUCCUGACUCUACAUCGUUCCUCUUUUGGAGGAAGAAUUUUCGAUGUAGUGAUCGAAUGGCACGCAUACAAACGACCAAAACUGCCCAAUCCCAACUGCCAAUUAGCUUCUAGCUCGGAAAAUAUGCUCUUUUUUAAGCAGUCUUCAGACACAUUGAAGAAUUGUUACCCCCGCUUCAACCGAAGUUAGUGACGUGGUUUAGGCACCAAAUGCCAGCUUAUCUGUAAAGCAACAAGAGAAUAAUCGGUUGUGCUCGAGUGACCCUCAUGCAGGGAAGGGAAGCUAUCUACAUAGGAAACUGUGGAACGGCCCCACUGGGAAGGGCUCCUUGCUCCAUCUGGCUUAACGCGUCAAUCGUAGGCUUUUACUAGUUUCGUCCAUUCAGUAGAGAGCUGUAGGGAUCGAAAUAGAUGGGGCCUCGAGAAAAUCACAACACGUUUCCCCGGAAAUUGUGCACAUCUUCAUAGUCACCCCUGGCUUGGGCAAAGGAACAAAAAGUUCCGAGAGCACGAGGCCCGCCUCCUCCUGUCCACUUGGUGUUCCCUUCUGAGGAGAGAAAGGGGCUCAAUUCGUAGGAUGAGGACAUGCACAAGGACGGGAGAAGGUCAAAUCCGGCUUUGAAAAUGUGUACCCCGAGAAGAGGGAGGGAGGGAGGGUGUCAUGUUGCAUGCUGGAUCACAAGGGUGGACAAGAGCACAACUUCGAUGUGAAGGAUCCGUGCAGGCCACUGGUCUGGUGAAGCCCAGGGAGCAUGGCUCGCCAUGGUUAUUCCCUUUCCGUCGAGGGCCCACCCUGCACUGCCUGCACUGAUGUCUUUCAGCAAUUCAGAAGCGGCUCUCCGCUGUCUGCACUCUGCUUUCAGCACUGCUGCAAUGAUCGACGCAAGUAUAAGGAAGCUCGGAAGGUAUGUCAUCGAGGAGCUGGGCCGGUGACCCUCGAGUCUUCCCGGCCGCCACCGGCAUUUAGAAGAAAAAAUUAAAGACUUACUUACCAGAAGAUUAUGGCUAUACAGUCAUCAACCGUUAAGACAAUCCAUUGAUUUACUACAUAGAGG